GGCCAUGAACAGACUGUGCAAAAAAAUGGGAUCACACAAAAGCUGAAAUUUUGCUCCCGGUUAAUGAUUUUUAAAAAAGUUCUAACAGAGUGGCGCUCAACACAAUAUGGCCGUUAGAUAUGUCGUCCCUCGUCCACAGGAAAGGGGAACCUGAAUAGAUAUGUCUCUGCAAGGACUAUGAAAGCAUACCAUUAACCAAACAAAAUCAAAGUCAGUCUUUCAUAUGGAAGAGUUGCUGGAAGGCAGGAGACCAUAUUAGCUACACUUUUGAGGAUGCACGUGACUAUAGCAGCCUAGUUACAUGGCAAAGGGGCAAGUGGAAAGGAAAUAACAGGUUUCAUAUACUGCUCUGACUGUGAGAAAGAAAUGAAGGAGAGGAGGAAAAAUAGAGCAGACUGCAAAGGGGUUGGGGGCAAGAAAGGGAGACUUCUAAAAGGAGGAGGUGGGGCUACACGGUAAGGGCAGAGAGAGAGAGAGAGGGAGAGAGAGAGAGAUCUGCCUCCACUUCGUCUCUCUUGCUCAAGUACGCAAGCCACUGACAGCAACAGCCACACACACUGAGAGAGAGAGAGAGAGAGAGAGAGAGAGAGAGAGAGAACACAGAUCCGUUCUCUGUAGAUCGCCUACACAGUGUCAGAAAUAGAGCUGAGUUUAAGGCAGGUGCGUACAAAGCGUCUGUAUGAAACCCUAGGCGAUGCACUAAUACUUAAUACACAGUCGUGAGAGAGGAUACAGGUUGACUGACUAACGUCAAGAAUCAAAACGAAAGAAAAAAACGUGACGACAACAAAAAGCGAAGAAGAAGAGACCGAGAUGUACGCUGAAAUGACCCAUCUCUCCACGGUGUGCCCCUAAACCAAUCCUAAAACCUACUCUACUGUGCGAGGAUGUAAGAUCAAUGGAGUGAGACUGGAGAGAAUUAAAGCCAUUUGAAGGAGACAGAAAGGGGAUUUUGAGAUACUUGUGUAACUACUUCACAAGACUGGAGAUGAAGAAACAGAGCACGCUUCAUCUUUGAGACAAUUUAUUUAGCAAAAUUCAACUAAACCCUUGGCUCUCCUGUCACAUGAACUUGAGAGAUAAGUGAGAGACUUAAGGGUCUAGCUCACAGUAAAUCUACAUCAUAUUAUAUCAGUUUAAUUAUGAAAAUGGGACAGAUUACAAUAUUUCUUCUGCACACACAUCUGCUGCUUGGAAUCGCAAGCUCCCUGGUCAUUCAAUCCAUGCCCUGGAGAGUGCCCUGCCCUCACCAGUGUGUCUGCCAAAUCAAGCCCUGGUACUCUCCCCAGUCUGUGUACAGAGAGGCUCCUACAGUAGACUGCAAUGACCUGCUACUUAUCCAGCUGCCCACUUCCCUCCCUCAAGAGACACAAACCCUCCGGCUGCAAAGUAACCUCAUCAGUUCUGUGGACCAGAGUGAACUCCAGGGCCUUGUCAAUCUGACAGAGUUGGAUCUUUCACAUAACAGCUUUACCAGUACCCGCAACCUGAGAAUAACUGACCUGCCAGCUCUUCUCAGCCUACACAUGGAGGAAAACCAGCUGAGACACCUCCCAGAAGCAGCUUUCUUUGGUCUCCCUAGCCUGCAGGAGUUGUACCUAAAUCACAACAGGCUUCGAAGCAUCUCCCCUGGGGCCUUUAAGGGUCUGGAUAAACUUCUAAGGCUUCAUCUCAACUCUAACCGAUUGGUUGUAAUUGACCGGCGCUGGUUCCAUGCUUUGCCCCAACUGGAGGUGCUCAUGAUUGGUGGAAACCCUGUGGACACUAUUCAGGACCUAAAUUUUAAACCACUGGGCGCUUUGCGUAGUCUUGUCCUGGCAGGCAUGGGCUUACGCGAAAUCUCUGAGCGAGCGCUAGAGGGGCUUCAAAAUCUGGAGAGCAUAAGCUUUUAUGAUAAUCACCUAAUAAAGGUUCCAAAAGAGGCAUUGCAAAAGCUGCCAGGUCUAAAGUUCCUUGACUUGAACAAGAACCCCAUACAGCUAGUGCAGAGGGGAGACUUUAGAAAUAUGCUUCACCUGAAGGAGCUUGGCUUAAACAACAUGGAAGAGCUGAUCUCUAUUGAGCACUCAGCAAUGGAAAACUUGCCUGAAUUGACCAAACUGGAGAUCACAAACAAUCCUCGGCUCUCCUAUAUCCACCCUCAGGCCUUCCAAAAGUUGUCGAGUAUGGAAAGUCUAAUGCUGAACAGUAAUGCCUUGAGUGCCCUGCAUAGCCAGACAGUAAGGUCACUGCCCAGCCUUCAAGAAAUCAGCUUGCACACCAAUCCCAUUCGCUGUGACUGCCUGAUCCGCUGGGUGGGAGCCGACAAUGACAAGCCAGUCCGUUUCAUUGAGCCUCAAUCCACAUUCUGUUCUGAGCCUCCUGAGCUGAAAGCCCGGCGAGUUAAAGAAGUCUCAUUCAGAGAGAUGGCAGACAGCUGCCUGCCCUUGAUUGCCCCAAGCACAUUCCCCUCUUACAUUGAAGUCAAUCAUGGAGACAACGUAGCCUUGCAUUGUCGAGCACUAGCAGAGCCAGAGCCAAGUAUCUACUGGGUCAUUCCCCAAGGCGUGAGACUGACUCCAUCCAGCAGCUAUGGGCGUUAUCAGGUUCUCACAGAAGGCACGUUAGAGAUUUUUGGAGUCACUGCUGAAGAGGCCGGCUUCUACACUUGUGUUGCACAGAACCUAGUAGGAGCUGAUACUCGAAGCUUGACUCUACAGGUGGAGGGGGGUGACCUGGUUCACGCAAAUACUCAAAAGACAGAGGAUAGCUUUGAAGUUCAAGAUGUCAAAGAAAGGUAUGCCUUACUGACCUGGCAAGCAAGCCGUAACAUCCCAACUGCCCAUUUAUCUUGGAUGGCCAAUGGUAGUCUAGAAGACCAUCAUAGGCACAGUACUCGAAUUCUAGCUGGCACCAGGAGAUUCAACCUAACCCGUCUGCAACCAGGCACUCACUACAAAGUUUGUCUACACUUGGGGCCAAAUGACACCUCAUGUGUCCAUCUAAGGACCAAGGAGGUGUCCGUGCAAGAUCCUUUACCAGACCUGACCCCAGCAGUCCUGUUGGCGGUCUCAGCUCUGCUCCUUUUAUUAAUGGCCAGAGCAUGUAACGGGGGAGCCUCAUUCAGUUGGAAAGACCACAUGCUGGAGUUUGAGAAACCCCGCACCACCAUUCUGACCCAGGAGGCAAAGGCUUUCAUGACUUCUCCAAUACCAGCAAAGCACCCGAAUCAGCAGGACACAGACAAAGUCCUAUCAGAUGGCAGAGGGAAAGAUCUUAGAAAUACAAUGCUGGGGCAAGAUUCUCAGGGGCUAACAAAAGAGGCAUGCUGAGCAGAAUAAAGAGUUCAAGAAGAAUGGACAUUAAAAUACCUGGAGUACAAGCUUCACAAAGCUCACUUUACCGAUCUGACAGUUAAAACUACUGAAAGUCUGAAAUAAAUACUAUAAAUGUACAUGGCAGACCUGCUUCACAUAACAGCGACCCAGUUUCAAGUAUAGUAUAAUCACAAAAAAGAAAGAAAAUAAAAGAUAUUUGUAUUUAUUUUGUAACAAAAAAGAUACAACACAUGUAUAUUAAAAGCAUUUGUUCAUAUAUUCACAUUCAAUAUAUCAUCAAAGGACACUAAAGCUGUGCUGCCAAUCAUAAAUAACAGUUCAUAUAGAGUCUGUUUAUAUGCAACCUCCCACCUUUUAUGAGUCUGUGUCACAACAGGCCAAAUGGUUGUAGAAAGAUUCGCGCUUAUAUAUUUUUAAUACUGAAGAAGAGACUGACUUGACACAGAAAAGCAAAGAACACAAAUAGCAAGGAAGCCCAAUCGAAGCUUUCUGAAAGGCGGACUACAGGCUGUGGGCAACAAUUCACUUUUCUUUUUGUGGUGAAAAAUCAAACUGUCUAUCUCAAAGCAGGCAUUAUGAAAAGUGCUGAUAUAAAGGGAGGUGUCUUAAAUGUUGUAUAACUAAUGUUGUAUGUACUCUCUUUAACAGUGUGUUAAAUUGUGAUCUGUACAAGGACCCAAAAGAACACUUCAAAGUUAAGACCACCCCAGAGAAAGGGAAUGUUUUUAGCGCAUAAAUGAAAAAUAUUGUUCUCCCCCAAAUAUAGACUGAUCUAUACAUCGACAAGGGCCACAAACUUAUGACCUAAGGAUGUUUGCCUUUGUUGGUUCCCUCAUUCCUGAAAUAUUGCAGACCCUUGCUUAGAAAACCAACCCAAGUGAACAGAUGUUCCAGUGUUGAUGGACAUACAGCCUAGACAUAUGUGUCAACCUCUUUGUUCAAACAUGUCAAACAAGAAGAGAAGGUCAUGGAGAAAGCAUGUGGAAAAGCCCCAUGAUGCCAAUUCCUUCCAGCAAUGAAGGCAAACAUUUGGUGACAGGGAAGAAAUCCACGUCUACAUGCACACGGUUUUGUACAAAGCAAGCACGUCAGAGAUACCAUCUCUUUUAGUACUGAUGAAAAGAACGGGUCCUGUCGGGCUGCUAAUGGGACACACUUCAUGGAAAGGUAGUGCCAACUCUUCUUUCUGUAAAAAGAGAAAAUUGAAUUCAAAAUGGGCUUUUCUUAAACCUUUUGUCAGGUGACUAUUCAAUGGACAGCACAUGAGCACUGCUCUGACUGCUGGACAGCUACAGUUAUGAGAGACAUACCCGGUGAGCCCCACUUUUACCUGGGAAAGAAAAUAAAGCAGCAUUGGGGAUUGUGAACUGUUCUCUUAUAUUCUCAAAUAUGGGGAAAUCCAUUUUUACAGGCUGUCAUUUUACAGUAACUUUGAUUGCUUUCAUUUUUUUUUUUUUUUUUUGUCAGUUUGUGGUUGAUGUGCCCUCCUGUUCCAGUGACACUCUCUCUAACUUGAUUGUCUCGUCCUAAAAUCGAUUUCCUUUCAUUAUUAUUUGUUGAUCAUUGGUCUUUCUUUUCCCCACCCCAAAGCUGUACAUAAGUCAAUCUGAAUUUCCUAUUCAACAUACCACUUUCUGAAAUAAUUUAGAUGACUGUGUGUUAAAUUCUAUUUUGAGCUAUUAUUAAAACAUUUUGGACUGAUA